CGCAUACGCAGUGAUAUAUUGGUUUGGUGUUUGGACAAACAUUUGGCUUUUGCCGGGAUAAUGUGGUGGUUACUUAAGUUUUCUAUCGUUUUGCAAUGUGUCAGUUCAGUUCGCAUCAUAAACAUUCGAGUACCGGAUAUAAUUCAAUACGGAACUAAGGACUCUAUCACACUAGACUGUGACUUCGUGACGAACAAUGUCACUGGUCUGGUAGUCAAGUGGUUUUAUAUGGAUAAGACGACGCCAGUGUACCAAUGGAUCCCACCGCAAAAACCUCAAGCUCUUGGAAUUUUGAGAAACAAGGUGGACUUAUCAUACAAAGUAUCACACAACCCGUACACACAGCACCGAGCUCUCCACAUCACGUCUCCGGUUCCAGAGCUGACCGGCAACUACACUUGUGUGGUGUCCACCUUCCUCGCUGAAGAUGAGAAGACCAGACCCAUGACUAUAUUUGUACCAGAAACAAAGUUUGACAUGAUUCAAGAUCGGCUGGAUGACAAAUACCUGAACAUCAUAUGCUCCGUUGAAGGGGUCUACCCGAAGCCAGAACUGGUCAUUUUAGCUGGUAACAGGCCACUGAACGCUAAGUCGUCGAUCAAAGUCAUCGAGGGCCGGUACACAGCUCUGACGAGUUCCGUCGUGAGGAUAGACGCCCUCCCUCCAACUGUGGAGAUCCUCUGUGACAUGCAAGUUCCACUCGCCAACUAUUACAGCAGGAAGAGGGAUAUGUUCUAUAGAGGUCACCAUCUCGCAUCGACAUCGGCUUUGAUCAUCACCUCAUUAGUAAUCAGCGUACUCCGAUUACAAGCAACUUGA